CAAAAAAUUCAAAUACAUUGCAGAUUUUAACUUAAAUUAUGUUUUUGGGUACUUAUUAAAAAAAUAAUAUUGGUUUUAAAUAUAUUUUUAUAAAUUAGUAGUUAUUUAUUGAAAAUGUCAUCAAGUAAUAUACAAAAUGCAAAUGAAUUAAGUUUAGAUAACACCAAAAAGAAUGAAGGUAGUAAUUAGCAUUUAGAAGCCUCAACAAAGACUUAGCUAGCAUCAAGUGACACUCAAUAGUCUACUGUUGAUGCCUCUUCAAAUCCUGAAUAAUAAAAAAAUACAACUCAUAAUAGUGACGAAACACAUAAAAAUUUGAAUUAGGUGGAUUUUGAAAAGAAAUUAUAGCAAUAUAAAUCAUAAUAUAAAAAUUAAAAGAGUUCAAUCAAUAAUGGAACCACUAAUUAAAAUAAUAAUGUAGAUGAAUAAUAAAAAGUGCCUUCUAAAGAGUUUAUUAAUACUGAGCUAAAAGAUUAAUCGAAUUAAACUUAAAAAAAUAAUCAAGCUUCUUCUGAAAUAAACAAGGAAGAAGAGCAAGGUUUAAGAUAAAAGUUAAUUAAAGAAGAUGCAGACAAUCGUCUAAACUAAAUUUAAAAUAACAAAGAUCAUUAGCAAAUAGAUUUGGACACCUUGCCUCAAUCUACGAAUAACAAUAACUUCCUUAAUAUAAGUUAGGAAAUAUAAAUUUAAGAUUUACAAGAAAAGAGAUAACAGCAAUUGGUAGGAAUUAACAUUUCUCCAAAUAGUAAAGUAACAAUAAAUAGAGAGCUUAGCAAUAGCUACUUUGGUGAUCAUGAUCAAGAUGAUAGAAGCAUUUAUCAUGAAUAAGAAAAACUGUAUUCUCCUACACUUGAUAAAUAAAAAACAACAUAAUCUAAAAAUGAGAGCGAAUUGAACAUAACAUCCUCUCCUAAACAAAACAAAAAAAUGAAUGAAUCUAAUCAUAAACAAGUAAGUGAGUUUGAAGCUUCUUCUCCUAAAAUUAUAAAAAAUGAAAUAAUUGGAGAUAACGAUACUGAUAAAAAAAUAUAAAGCCAAUCUAAUUUAGCUCACACACCGACUUCUUCUGCCAUAAAAGAUAAAGACAAUAAUAUAUUUUAGGGAAGAGAUAAUUUCAAAAAAUUGAGUCUCAAAAUGAACUAAGUUCCAUUAGAUGAAGAAUUUAAAAAUUAACAGUAGCAAGUGCAAGCUUAAUAAAAUAAUAUAAAUGAUUAAAGUUCUUAGCCAAAACAGACAUAAAAAAGAAAGAAAAGUGAAGAGGAGAAAGCUUAGCAAAAAAAAGAUAUCUAAAAUAAAAAAUAACAAAAAGAAAAUCAAUAAUAAGAGGAAGGAUAAUUAGAGGAGGAGUAUGAAGAAGAGGAGGAUGAGGAAGAUGAAGAAGAUGAUGAUGAAGCAGAAGAAUUAGAAGAAGAAGAGGAAAAUAUAAAAAAUAAUUAAGGAGUUUUAAAAAAUGAAGAAGAAAACAAUUAAAAAAGCACUUAAAAUAAUAUGUUAAACGGAAACUAAAAAGCUUCAUAUAAUAAUAAAGAUUAAGUUUAAAAUAAUGAAUUAAUUGAAAAUGGAAAUCUAAAUUACUUAUCUUCUGAACAAGAUUAUGAGGAUUUAUAUAAAAUAAAUUAUAAAAAGGUUGAGGAAAAACCUAGCUAUGAAUAAGAAAUCAGAGUGAUGUAACACGAUAAAUAAAUUUAUUUAAGAGUAUCCAAUAUAUAAGAAGGAAUAGUAACUCUCAUCAGUGAUGAUUACAGCUCUGUUAAAAUGCCUUUAAUUUUCUUACCAAAUGACAUAUCUUGCGGCUCUAUUGUUAAAUUAUCUAUUGAUAGAGAAUAUGACCCUGAAGAAGAAAUGAAAUAAUCUGUUGUAGACAUAUAAUAAUCAAUACUUACAGAUCCUAACUAUUUCUUAUGA